AUGAUCGUCUCUUUAGUAAUAUGGUUCCAUGCAUGUUUUUUYAAGACUGGUGAAAAGGUUUUGGAGUGGGAAACGAACGAAAAACUCAAAGAACUAAUAUCUCCRAUCACUCUUCCCCGAGUGUCGUUCAUCGACGUGCCCAUCAGUAAUGAAUUCAAGGCUCGCGUCCGACUAAUACUACCACCGGCCGUCGACGAAAGCUCGGACAUCAAGUAUCCUCUGUUGGUCAACACUUAUCUUCAAGAACGGUUUUCYUUCAUUGACAAAUCGAAAACCGCAAUUUGGGGUUGGAGUUAUGGUGGUUACACGGCUGCUAUGGCUUUGACUAAAGAUAACAAAAACGUGUUCAAAUGYGGAUUGUCCGUCGCUCCUGUCACUGACUGGAUAUACUACGACUCGAUAUACACGGAACGUUACAUGGGCUUGCUUCAAGACAACACGAGUGGGUACAAAAACGCCAGUCUAUUAACACACGCUGAGAAACUUCGURGCAAAAAAUAUAUGGUUAUACACGGCACGUAUGACGACAACGUUCAUUACCAACAAUCUAUGAUGCUUUCCUAUGAACUGGAACGAAGAGUKAUACUUUUCAGACAACAAGUAAGUACUGCUGUUGAAGAUUGA